CCCCAGAUGUUAACCCCUUCCUGCCCAAUGUCAUUAGUACAGUGUCAGUGCUUUUUAUUAGCACUGAUCACUGUAUUAGAGUCAUUGAGAUGUCAGUGGCAGUUAGUCAGUUUCCACCCAGUGUCUGAAUGCCCAGCGCAGUCCCUCAAUAAGUCACUGAUCACUGCCGUUACUAGUAUAAAAAAAACAAUUCCAGUAUAUAUACCGCCAUUUGUAGACGCUAUAACUUUAAUGUAAACCAAUUAAUUUACACGUAUUGGGAUUUUU